UUCCGGCGGCGGUCGAUGAGCAUUGUGGGAAACGGGAGAUGUCAUGGCGGUGGCGGCGCUUUGCCGGCCGUUCCCGAAGCUCCUGAGGUUGGCUGCAGCGACAUGGGGCGGCUCGUCGGCGUCCUCUCCUCCCAGAUUCAUCCUUAACAACCUGCACAAGAAUGCCACAAAAGUAGAAACAGUCUCUCCCUGUAUGUUGCUUCAUACCUCCUUGCCUCGGAAUGGGCUGGAGGAAUUUUUUGAUGACCCCAAAAACUGGGGAAAGACAGAAGUCAAAUCUGGGGAUUCUUGGACUGUAGAACAGCUCCGAGGCAAGAGCAGUGAGGAUUUGCACAAACUUUGGUACGUCCUGCUUAAAGAGCGAAACAUGCUUUUAACGUUGGAGCAAGAAGCAAAACGGCAGAGGCUGCCAAUGCCAAGCCCAGAGCGAUUAGAUAAGGUGAAAGAUUCCAUGGAUAGAAUGGACCUUGUCAUCCAGGAAAGGGAAGACGCUUUGCGGCUCUUACAGACUGGCCAGGAGAAAGAGAGACCAGGCGAAUGGAGACAUGACUUCUUGGGCCGCGUAUUUUGGUACACUUUUAGGGAAUGGCCAAUCCCUUGGUACCUAAAUGCAAAGCAUAACAGAAAGCGGUUCUACUAUUUGCCAAAUGUCAAUCGUUUUAACAGACUCAGACUUGAACAAUAUUUGCGCAAUGAAUCAAGGAAGAGGAAUAUGCAGAAGCAGAAAGAGAAGCGUCUAAAGAAACAAUUCCCUCAUCUUGGUGCUCAGUCUGAAAGUCAACGUGAAGUUGGCAGUGUUUGAUGGAAUUGUGGCACAAACAUUCCUCCUGAACUGCUUGUAAAUGGACAAAGAGUAAGGCAAAACAUACCAUGUGAUGUAAAACAAGCUCAUUUCCGCUCCUACCAAAAUAAAGUUGUUUCAUCCUUCUUGUAAAAUA